AUGCUAAAGAGAGGGUCGACAAAGCCAUGCGACCUGGAUACCUAUGAGCUCGACUGGGAUGACCUGGGGAUGCAGCUCCCUUCCAUGCCGCAGAAAGCUCCGCCCUCUGCUCCUGAGCCCGCCCCGGCUCCUGCGAGCGCUCCCAGGCCGGAGGCCACGCAGGCACAUCCCACCGAGGAGUGGACCCUUGCGCGGUUGGAAAGAAAGGUCAUGGAGGAGGAGUCCUUCGAAAAGCGCCGUAAAAGCUCGUCGGCAAUGCGGGCACUUGAGGAGUGCUACGAGGACGCAGCAUGGGACAGCUUUGACGUGUCCGAGACCAAUGAGGUGGCUCCAGCACAACCGGCGCCCAUGGGUGUGCAGGUCCCACAGGAGCUGCGCAGACCCGAAGAGCAGCCCAAGCUGGGCGACUCCAGACCAAGAGCUAGAGAGGCGCCACCGCGAGGACCGGCGCCGGCGAUGCGUCCGGGGCAGGCUCCGGGACCUCUGGCUUCGGGGCCGCAGCGCAGAGUCCAGUGCCCAGCGCCGGGUGUGCCCGGAGGCCUUGCAAAGGCCUCAGCCAAGACGCCAGGCCCGGGCCCACCUCCAGCAGUCAAGCACCAAAGCAUGCAGCACCCUGGAGCUGGACCAGCGGCCAGAAUGCCAGCUCCGACGAAGUACCAGGCGAUGCCAGCGCCGAACCCGGCACCCAAGGUGCCAGGUGCUAAGCCUUUCCCUGGUGCUCCGCUCACGAAGGCUCCGGGGCAGCCUAUGAUGAGACCACAGGCUCCGGGGCAGCCUCGGUUUGCCGCGGUUCAGCGACAGCUCGUAGCUCCAUCGCAGAUGCCCGCAUUGGGGGCAAUGAGGGCUGGGACCGGUCCGACUCAUAACCCGGUGCCAGCACACCCACACGAAGCCCAGCCACAGCUUUCAACUCCGCAGCCAGAGGUCAGGCUCGUACCACAAGCAACGCCACACUCCCAGACGCAACAAGUGCAUGGACAGCAGGUAGACGUAAUGCUCAUGCCGCAAGCAGCGCUGCAGCAGCAUGAGCCCCAGCAAGUGCCAGCUGGACCUGGGCCGCAGGAUGUCAGGCUCGUCCCACAGCCACAGCCGAACCAUGCUCAACCGCAAGCGGCUCUUCAGCCACAAGAGCCCGUACCAAGAAAUCUGCCAUCCGAGCAGGCGGAGGUCAGGCUUGUACAGCCAGCGGUGCAGCAGGUGCCAACUGGGCAGCAGCCAGAGUUCAGACUCAUGCCGCAGCCAGCACAGCCCCAGGAGGCCCAGCCAAAGAUGCCCGGUCAGGCGGAGGUCAGGCUCCUUCCCCAAUCGCAAGCCUCUCGGUUGCCGCAAGACUCGAGCCAGGCCACGAUUCUCUACCCCUCACCGGCCUCCGGUUUCAGGCCGGAGACCCAGAGGCAGAUUGCGGCCGCUCCGGCGGCUUUGGGGCAGUCGAGCCUGGAAGCUCCGAGCGAGUCCGAAAAGCAAGGGCUACAGGCAGCGGAGAUGUCCGACGGGACACCAGUUGCCCCAGCAGCACAAGUGGUCAUGGGAGGAAGCUGUGCUACCAGCGUUGCCAGCGCGAAUGGCUCAAGGGGGCCAGAUCGAAUGCUGAACAAGCUGUUGGCACAGCCCUGUUCGACACGACUGCAGCGAACAGGUUACGUCUCGCCGCUUCCUCCAGGGCCUCAGGUGACCCUGGCACAUCCAACGUAUGCUGAAGCCACGCAUGUGGUGGCUGCUCCACCAGAUGCAGGCAACCUGCCAGAAUCCGUCGCCUUGCCCAUGCAGUUUGAGGCUGUGGAGGAGUACCCGGGCUUCCAGGUGCCUAUGGCACCGAGGGCUGCGCAGGCUCCCAUGUGUGGUUCUGCCUCGGUCCCUACUGCCCCGUGGGUCUUUGCACGGCCUCAAGAUGUCCUCUCGAGGUCGGCGGCCCAGCUUCCAAUUCAGGCGCCGCCCCAAAGGCAGGGCGUACCUCCGCCGCCAAGUCGAAGCGACAGCGCUCCAGUUGUAGGCCUCUGUGAACCCAUCACCUUGGCAGCAGCCGAGCCGAGAGCGUCUGCAGAGCCAGUGGCAAUUGCGGUGGCAGCUGACAAUGAUGCCGCCUCGUCGACGCGGUCGCCCACCUGGGUCAGCGCCCUCAGUGGCUUCGCUGACCCUGCUGAGGUGGGGAAGCCAGUCCGCGAUUGGACAGAGGACGAUGUGGCGCAGUGGCUGAUGAAGCUCUCGACUGUGCCAGCAGACAUCCUGGAUGUGGUUCACUUGCAUGCCAUUUCUGGGGCAGUGCUGCUCUCCAUGACAGAAGAGGAUUUGGAAGGCCUCCGCAUCGAGAAGUUCGGUCACCGCAGGUUGCUCCUCCUCGCUGCACAGGAACUUCGGCGCACCGUUCAGGUGGCCAAUGACAGGCCAGGUCCCGGAGGCUCGCGUGGUUUGAGCGACUUCGCUGUGGCGCUGUCGCCCAGUUCAUCCAUCGGGAGUGGAGCAGGCAUUGCGGGGGCUGCGUACUCCGUGUGCGUUCCUCAAGGCCGUAAUCGCGUCCUGUCUCCGUCUCCGAUGCCCGGUGCACAGUCUGUCCCUGUCGCAGGGGGCCUGAUGUUCCAACCACGUGUCGCGGCUCCAAGGUCCUGGGCGCCGCAGGUGCCUCUCGCAUUGGCACGGCAGGCGAGAAGUCCAGGACCCGGCAUGAUCCCACGAGCAGUUCCAACACGAGGCAAUAUGCCAGCGUCAGCGACGCCACAAUCGCCACCUCCCCAUCUGCGACCCCAGGUCCUUGUUGCCGUACCCCGGUGA